AUGAUCACCCCAAGGCGACUACAGGCUCUGCGCAGCGUAUCCUCCCGUGCUGCACAGAGCAGGUGCGGGAGGACGGGCGCUCCGCGAGCUAUUUCCAUCAACACCGCUGGCAAGACAAACGAGUAUGACAACGCUCGAGUCAUCGGCAUGCCGCCUCCCGAUGACGCCACCUCGUCUUCCUUGUCCAGUUCGUCCAGCCAGUCGCCAGAGUACGACUCUAUCUACAGCUCCAGUGACCCCAUCUACCAGUGGAGCUCUGCCUCGGCGUCAGAUCAAAGCUCAAGCAAUGGCUGGGCGGCGGGGGCAGCGAGCAGCGACUCGACCUUGGACGAGUCGAACCCCGCCGGACUGGCCGUGGCGCCCGUCCCUCUCCCGACACCAGCGUUAGCGACGCGUCGGCGCGUGAGACAUCCGUUUGAUUCUCACGCGUUCGUGUCACACCUGGAAAGGGCGUCACUGCCACUCCAGACGGCCAAGAACUUUAUGGAGGGCGCGCGCGAGGUGCUCGUGGAUCGAACAGAGCGCGUCACUGGCAACAUGCUCAGCAGGGAGGAGCUCGAUAACGAGGCCUACCUCUUCAAGGCUGCAAUGUCCAAGCUCCGCACCGAGUUCAAUGUACGCAACCGGAACACGGGCCAGGUGGCGCGCGACACUGUCGGCGCGCUGCGCCGCGAGCUGGAGCGCGUCGAACACAAGAUGGCAGGCGACAUGCAGGUGCUCAAACACGAUGUCGAGCUGGACCUGAACAACCGCAAAGACGAGAACCGUAACGACAAGAAGAACCGGGACAUUAUGAUCGAGGAGAUCAAUAGCCGUGCGACCAUCUCGGUCGGUGACCUGCGCACGGAAAUUGAGAGUGCAAAGUGGGAAGCGACCAGGCGAGCUAUCGCCACCAUUGUUACAUUUGUGAUUCUCGGUGUGGGUAUUUCGACCAUUGGCUGGCCAUGGGAUUGGGGGCAGACGGGGCCACAUGGGCACAAUCCACCACCACCACUACCUCAGCCCACACCUUCUGUACACCCACUACCCGCCAUUGAGACGCGCGAUGUGGGCGUGGGUACGGACGAAGACUUGUUCAAGGACGAGUACGCGGCUCGUAUCGACAAGUUGCUGUCUUCGGUGCAGCCCGAGCCCAAGCCCAAGCCUAAACGCCGGCCGUCCAAGUCUGAGGUCAUAGCUAUAGCUGUCGGGAACCUGUGGUGCGAGCGGUUUGGUUUGCCAGGGGCUGCUGUGGAGAUCCGGCCGGCGCUUAGAUUGGGUGCGUGUAACCGCGUGGUGCCGGACUUGGCCGGAUUUCAUCUGAUGAUCGCCCACGCGCUCCGUAUCAAACUCCACAACCUUGGUAUCGUUUCUUCUCUCCAUUCAACAUCUAUCCAACACACCAUGACCAUCGCUAACGGAAACACCGAGCCCGCUCCUUCUGGCAGCAAGUUCCCCGCUCGCGCCCACGCUGCCAAGCUCGCCACAGAGCUCUCGCGCUUGCUUACCGAGGCGGACCGCGCUGGUGUCCACGCUGUCUUCCUCCAAGGUCUCCCGACGUCGUGCCGCGACGACACUGACCGCGAGCUGCCGUACCGUAAGUCCCAGGUGUGCUACCUUCAAGUGCUCAAGCUGACGCGCCGUCUCUGCUUAUCUUGCCGCCUUGACACCUGUCUCCCUCAUUGCCUUCGCCCUGCAGACCAAGAGGCCAACUUCAACUAUCUCACUGGAGCCCACGAUGUCCCCUCGACUUCGGUUCUGAUCGUCUUCAAGCCCGGUGCCAAUGAGCUCCACCACACCUUGUUCAUUCCCCGUGCCGACCCGCUCGAGACCAUGUGGUCUGUCGCGCCCCCCACGCUCGAGGAUGCCGCCGGCCGUUUCGACACGGACAAGCUGGGCCACACGGACGAGCUCAAGGCUGCUCUCACUCCGCUCGCGGACGCCAGCGUGACCCUGCACACCCUCCCGCUCACGCACGACUUCCCUCCUCUCCCCCAGGACGUCCUCUCGCUCGCCGGAGCGUUCAAGCACCGUACCGACCUCCUCCGCGAUGCGCUCCACGUUGCUCGUCUUACCAAGACCGAGGACGAGAUUGACCUCAUCCGCCGUGCCAACAAGAUCACCUCUGGCGCCCACGAGGUUCUUAUGCGCGAGCUCGGUCGCUUUGCUGCUCUGCGAGCCAAGACGGCCAAUACCAACGUCAAGGAGGAGCGUACGGGUCACGAGACUCUGACCCAGUGGGAGGUGGAGAGCGAGGCCGAUGCCGAGGCCCUCUUUGUGGCGACCUGCCGGCGCAUGGGUGCCGAGCAGGCCUACCUCCCGAUCUGCGCGUCCGGAUCGCGCGCGAGCACGUUGCACUAUGUCUGCAACGACCGCCUGUUCCCGUCCACGGCCAGGCCUCGUGCUCCUGGAGACACGACCUUCACGCCGCGCCGCCUUGCCCGUGGCUGCUGUGGCGACGUUGCAGACCACACGCACGAGACCCCGUCGCUCUCGCUGCACACGGGCUCGUUUGAGCCCCAGGUGCUCCUUGUCGAUGCCGGCUGCGACUGGCACGGCUACGCGUCCGAUGUGACGCGCACCAUCCCCGUCGGCAACGGCGGCAAGUUUACGGAGCGUGCCGGCGAAAUUUACGAGCUGGUCCUCAGGAUGCAAAAGGAAUGCGAGGAUCUCGUCCGUGUGGGUGCCCACUGGGACACGUUGCACCUGCACGCGCACAAGGUGCUCAUUGACGGUUUCCUCAAGCUGGGUAUUUUCAAGGGCACGCCCGAGGCUGUUCUCCAGUCGGGUAUCUCGGCCCCCUUCUUCCCGCAUGGUCUCGGGCACUCGCUGGGCCUCGACGUCCACGACUCGCUGCAGUACCUGCGCACCACCAAGGUCGACCUCCCCGAGACGUCGUCGUCGACCCCCGCCCACCUGUACGCGUACCUCCGUAUCCGCGUGCCCCUGCGCGCCGGCAUGGUCCUCACCGUCGAGCCUGGCUGCUACUUCCCCCCGCAGCUGCUCGACACGCACAAGGUCUGGGACUCGGAGUUUGUCGACCAGGAGGUGCUGAAAAAGUACCUUCCCGUCGGCGGUGUGCGUAUCGAGGACGUGGUCGUGGUUCGCGAGGACGGCCCAUGCGAAAACCUCACGACGGUCGGUCGUGAGCGCGCGUGGAUCGAGGCGCGUUGCUCUGGCCAGUAG